AUGAACGUUGCUUCCAGCGGAGGUAUAGCCUACACUAUAGAUGUUCUCGUUGGCGAAGGCAGAGUACCAGUAGCUGUCUUAGUUGAUACUGGGAGCGCCGAUCUUUGGGUCUCAGCCAACCCAUGUGGCAACUGUACCAAAGCCAAUAUGGUUGAUACAAAAGUUCAAACUUCCGACGGCUGCACCCUUGAAAGCAAAAAAUAUGGAAGUGGAGCAGUAUACGGCUGUCUAGUGAAAACUGAUGUCGCCUUCGGACAAUACUCAUUAUCCGACUAUCCUUUACUCGCGGCUAGAGACGUUGUAGGAUUUGAUGGUUCGUACAUGAGUGGUAUUUUAGGUCUCGCCAUGAGACAAAACUCGAUCGACAACCAGGCGACUCCCAUCGAUUUGAUGCUAUCAGCAGGGAUGAUCAUCAGUCCUGAAGUAGGUUUUUAUCUGACCCGAGAAGGUGACGGUAGUGAAAUCGUAUUUGGCCAUGCUCAUUCUAGUCCUCAUGCCGAUCAGAACAAGAAAGUGGCACUCCCCAAGAAAGGUCAAGAUGGUCUGUACCGUGUCAACCUGGAUGCAUUCAUCUCUCAGAAUCAACCCAUCUCCUCUGAAGCUACGAAUAUGCAAAACAUUGAGGUGAUCAUUGAUACAGGUACUACUAACGUUUUGGUAUCUGAAUCAAUGAUGGAUCCUAUCUACUCUGCGCUCGGAGGGUCUGAAAAGGGAUCAGAUGGUCUACGAUCCGUACCUUGCAAAGGUCCAGAUAAUCCUGACGAAGCCCUUGCACUCCAGUUUGGCGGAAUAUCAUUCGAUGUAAAAUGGGAAGAUCUCAUAGCUAUGCCUACAUCCUCAAAUCCAGAUUACUGUUAUCUGAGGAUCCAGGAAACCCCUGCUGAGGAUUUCAUCCUUAUCGGCUCGGCUUUCCUCCACAAUGUCUACCAUACGAUCAAUGCCGCCACAGGAGAAGUGACAUUUUACGGCUUGAAGAAGUAG